AUGGCAGGACGUUUUUCAGAAUUCUCUAAUGCUUUGCUUACAAGGUCUGCUUGGGGCUUUUCCCCAAGAGAGUACCUAGCACUCCUUCCUCAGUAUCCUGAACUAGUAUAUAAGCGAGUAUUCAAGACGAAAUCGGCGCAAGAUAUGGCGUUGGAUGCCCAGGCAAAGGGUCCCUUGAAAAGGACGCUUGGAGUAACCGGCUUGACAUGCGUCGGCGUCGGAUUGAUGUUGGGCGCCGGUAUCUUCAUUGCCCCGGGGACCAUCUCGGUGGACAUGACAGGGCCGGCGGUGUGCAUCUCGUACCUUAUCGCGUCCAUCAGCGCGUUUCUCUCAUGCUUCUGCUACUCGGAAUUCGCCGUCGACAUGCCGCUGGCGGGAGCUGCAUAUACAAACGCAUACAGAUAUACAUACAAGUGGUCGUGUGCACGGUAUACUUUUGCCAGAUGUAUCUUGCAACACAACAUGACUGCAAUGGACACCCGCAGGGUGGUGGUUUCUAAUCUGUUGUUCGAGUACAUUCUGGCAGACGCUGCCGUCAUUCGAGGUUUCUCGCCGUAUUUUGCCGUACUCAUCGGAAAGGAUAGUGGAUACUUCCGUUACACGACAGUACUGCGAGGCAAGGCCUACGUCAUGGACUGGUGGGCCUUUGCCUUGACGCUGCUAACCAGCGGGUUGCUCGCACUCGGCGCCAAGGAGUCCAUCAUCAUUAACACCGUCAUCACGAUCAUUCACAUCGUCGUCAUGAUCUUCAUCAUCAUCGCCGGCUUUGUGAAGGCCGACUCCGCCAACUUUAGGCCGUUCUUUCCGAACGAUCAGCCAGACCAGUGGAAGCAGGUUUUUAAUGGCGCAAGCAUUGCCUUCUUUUCCUUCAUCGGUUUCGAUGCCGUCGCAACCGCUGCCGAGGAAGUAAUUGACCCCGCGACGGUGAUGCCCCAAGGCAUCUUGGGCUCCCUGGGCAUCGUGACUGUCAUCUACUUCCUGAUGUGCGUCGUUCUGAGUCUCAUGGUGCCAAGAGCUGAUAUUGAUACUGACGCCACGUUCGCCAAAGCAUUCGAAUACGUUGGAUUGGGCUGGGCCAAGCACAUAGUCGCUUUGGGCGCCAUCCUUGGCAUCCUGACCGGCAUCAUGAUGGGCAUUUACGCACCUGCCCGCAUACUUGUGAGCUGCUGCCGCGAAGCGAUGCUGCCGCCCUUUAUGGCCUGGGUGGGACCAAGGGCAACUCCAUGGGUAGCAACCUGGCUCAUCGGCAUCAGCGUCGCCGUCAUUGCGCUGCUCACUGGCUUUGACGAGCUUGCAAACAUGGUCUCUAUCGGCACCUUUGUUGUGUUCUGGUUUGUGGCGGUGGCGCUCAUCUGGCGCAGGAUGCACGCGCCAGGCAAGACCACACUCCUCCGCUGGGCCAACGAGCUGGUCCAUAUUUUUGCGAUGAUUGGAUUUUCGCUGGGCUUCGUGCUGGUCUGGACACUGCCCGUCUACAACACGGACACAGACGGGGUGGCGGGCAAAUGGAAGGACCAGCAGUACAAGUGGCUCAUUGCGAUGGCGGUACUGUGCGCCGCGACGCCGCUGUCCAUGUUCCUCUUCUGUAAGCCGGCAUACGUACCCUCUGGCUACAAGGUGCCGCUCUACCCGCUGGUCCCCUGCGCCUCCAUAUUUGUCAACACGUUUUUGCUCGGACAGUUGGACCAGGCGUCGUACGAGCGGUGUGUAUGUGCACUUGCCUAUGGUGUCAGCCUGUAG